CUCAGCCUUAUUAGUGCUCUCCCUCCUUUUUUUUUUCUUUUUGGAUUUUCUUGUUUUUCCCCCUCUGCUUUCUGUCCAAAAUUUUCAAUCUUUUUCAAACCCAGCAUUAUCCCAUUUCUUCUUCUCCUGAAUCUCUUCUCUUCACAUUUCCCUGCCUUUUUACCCCCUUCUUUCAUCCUAUCGAAUCAUCUCUGUUUUGGAUUUUUGGUUCUCUGUAAUUCCCUCAGAAAAAAUAAAGAAGGUUCGAAACAGAAAUGAAGAAGGUUGUGUUGAAGCUGGAUUUGCACGAUGACAAAGCCAAGCAAAAGGCUUUAAAGGCGGUCUCAACUCUUUCAGGAAUUGAUUCCAUUGCCAUGGAUAUGAAGACAAGGCAAUUGACAGUGAUCGGCACAGUCGACCCCGUGAACGUUGUGAGCAAGCUGCGCAAGUACUGGCCAACCGACAUAGUAUCGGUGGGUCCGGCAAAGGAACCGGAGAAGAAAGAGGAGGCAAAAAAGGAAAAAGGGGAAAAGAAAGAGGGAGAAAAGAAGGAAGAAGUGGAAAAGAAAGAGGGAGAAAAGAAGGAAGAAGGGGAGAAUAAAGAAGGGGGAGAGAAGAAAGAAGGGGGAGAGAAGAAGGAAGAAGGCAAGAAGGAAGAAGGGAAGAAAGAAGAGGAGAAGAAGCCACAGCCAGCACCAGACCCUGUUUUGGAACUUGUCAAGGCUUACAGAGCAUACAAUCCUCAUAUGACCACUUAUUACUACGUUCAAAGCAUGGAAGAGAACCCAAAUGCUUGUGUUAUUUGUUGAGUUGAGGCCCACGGCUUUCUCUCCAAUUGGUGGUGGAAUUCAAUCUCAUCAAUCAGAAUAUGCAUAUAAAUCCUUUGUAUAUAAGACGAUGAUAUGCCUCUUUGAAUCCUUUUUUUUACAAGUAAUGUGUUUUGUGUAGAAACUAGUUUUUGAAUAAAUGUGAUUUUGGAAUUUGUUUCGAAACAAAGAAGAUAAAGCAAUAGCUUCACAUGUUCGACAACUCCAUGGCAAUGGUGGGGCACUGUGAAAUUCUUAUUUGGAGAUUAUCUUUUACAUCUUAUAAUACAAUCUGUUGUAACA